CGUACCAACCAACUAUGAGGAGAGCGACAUAUAUAAAGAUCUGUAAAGUUGGUAUAAUUGUCAUGAGUGCCAUAGCGAUCUAUAGUACAGUGAUGAGUACACUUCCUGAAGAAGACGUCGAUGAUUUAAACAUAGACCCGAAGGUUUUGCAGUAUCUUAAACCUAAACCACCUAGGAAAAAUUAUAUAAAGGCUAAACCUACUUUAAAGCCUCGUAAAAAGGAAGUAAAGUUCAAGGAGGUGAAAGAAAAUGAACGUGUAAAAGUAUUUGGCAAUGUGAAAAAGAUAACUGAAAAGGAUAUAAACCGUGCUUUUAUACCCGGUCAGUACCGUGUGCUUGGAUAUUCUAGUGACAUAUCAUUACUGUCAGUCGUCAUUGGGAAUUCUUCCGACCAGACAUGGGAUUAUACCAGUGUCCAGGGAUGGGAGCAUGUUAAAUACGCGAACAGUUCGUUUUCCUGCUGUUUCCUGUACCAGUCUGGAAUUGUUAGGUCAACUAAUACAACAAGUCAAAUUAGCUGGAAACAUGAUAAACAUGCAAGGAUUGUAGCAAAACAGUAUGUGUGCCCGAACCCUAGAUCGCAAAACGAAGACCUGCUGCCCAUUGGUGUAACUAUUGCUGGAACGAAAAGUCACGGUUGUAACCGUAACGUGAGUUGGUAUUUACCGCCACAUUACGCACGCGCUCAUAAGAAGAUUGUCACGUGUACAAAGGUCGUACAUAGUAACGUAUCAGAGAACGAUGUAUUAUCCUGGUUUGAGGUACAUCGAAAACUCGGCAUGGAGAAGGUUUUUGUAUACACUUACGACAUGGCACCAAAUGUAGCCAAAAUAUUACAACAUUACCAGGAUGCUGGAAUAGCGAAACUCAUUCCUUUUAGGCUUCCUAAAUAUUACAAAGGGAAGCAAAUAACGGAGAUAGGGUCACAGUUUGUAAAGGAAUGGAACAUUGAACAGGCACUUAUUAAUGACUGUUUUGAGAGAUCAAAGGGCUAUAAAUAUGUAGUUGUUUUAGAUAUUAACCAGUACCUUAUACCUUAUAAAGCACCCAGUUGGACUCAUUUGUUUAACUUACUCUAUAAGUUAAAUAAACCUGCUGCCGGAUUUGCCUUUAAUGUAAAUUUACACAUAACAUCAUGGGCAGUUGGUAAUCGUACCUCCAAGUUUACCGCCGGCAGAUAUUUCAAUCAUACUUUUCCGCAGGACAGGAAUGUGAAACACGUGACACAACCGGAAGCAGUAAGCGGACUGUCGAUUUAUGCGUUUACGCCGCUUAGGGGAUUUAGAGAAUUUCGGGCACCAGUAUCACAAGCCAUAGUUCAUCACUUCCGGUCAUGUAAAAAAUCUAACGACUGGGAGGAUGACGUCGAUGCAACAUGUCAAAACAUGGGAAAUUACUAUGAGGAUAAAUACGUAGCGAAAAUUUUAGCACCACUUGAAAACAAAAUAAUAAAACUUAAAUCAUCAAUUUUGAACAAAGCUUAAAACUGGUACCACGCUUUAUAAAACUUUUCUAAUUUAUACGCAUUGAUAUAUCAUGACUGGGUGCCAUCUGCGUGUGAAAUCAGGAACGGAUUAUUUCAAAAGAUUUUUGCUAAAAUCAAAAUUAUUGGAAAGUACGUACUAUUACAAAAUGACCAUGGAAAAAUGGAGGAAAUUGUAAACGGGUCAUGUGCAUGUGCGGUACGUUAAAUGAGAUGAGAAAAAAGGUUCGUUUAACAUAUAUCCUGGGUUUGUGUUACGAUUGUUUGAAUAUGAAAACAAUUUUAGCAUCAGUCAUUAUCAUACAGCCAAGAAGUGCAAUAAUGCGUUUGAUAUACAUGUACUAAGUUUUAUUUAAUAGAUGCACAAUGUUUACCGCACCUAACGCUUAUAUCCCCUGAGCUGAAACUUAAAAUGACGUGAUAUUUUACCAGUAGUGUAUAAAUGAUUAAGUCCCGGGUGUAUUUCACCACAGAGCAUGGUCGUUUAAAACAGUUUUACACGGGAAAAACAGGCUUUUUUAAAAUGAAUAUCAAUUCCUUGUGGUUCAUGUGUUGUUUGACGUGUUUAAUUAGCAAGAAAGAUGUGAUUUCCCGCAACUUUGGAUUCAACAAACUCUUCGGUGAUAAGAAUAAAGAUGAUAUAUUUGAAGGAUGGUUCUGGAACAGAUAUAUCAUCGAUAUUGGUCAAGAUGAGGCACGCAGUAUCUCUUUGUGAAACAAAAUGUAUUGAUGAUAAUGUUGUGAACAAAAGUUAAUUAUAACAAACUUUGAUAUAUCAUUUCUGCAUUUCACUUAAUACAAAAGAUUCAUACAGUGUUAAAAUUUGAAGAAAAAAAUAGAGACACUGGAAUAAGAGACAGCAAACAUUA